GUACAGAUUAGCGGGCUUUUGAAACGAGAAACAGUUGUUUUGAUUAGGAACACACAAUCAUUACGAUUAUAGAUCUAUCUAGAGCCUACAAUUGCUACUUUCCAUCCAAAUGAAAUAUGGAUUUGAUGGAGUUCUCUAUGACUGAGGGUAAUGAUACCCUGACUGGGGAUGAGAACUUUCUGCCUCCGCAACUGAUGCAGACACCUGUGGUGGUCAACUCCAUCCUAAAGCCAUCCACUAAGGGCAAUCUGAUGCAACUGCACACACCCAAACCACAGCAAAAAAAUCUCAAGGUGAAGUUUGAAACACCUCGCUCCGUGAAGAAAGUUACACCCACACGGUACGAAAAGAUUGCUGAUUUGGAUGAGAAAGAAAACUGGAUAGAGAGGACAGCCAUUGUCACCAAAACAGAUCACAUGUUAAACAUUGAGUGUGCCAGAGAUAUUCUCGACAACCUGGUAGAAAAACUUCCCAUAUUGAAAAGUGAGUCAACAACAGAAAAGCCUGGAAAUGAAAGUGAUGAUGAGACAUUUUUUGAUGCCAGUGAUGACACUGAAAAAGCUACAUCUGAUACUCUGGGAUAUUCUGGUCCUGCCUCACAACAGGUAGCUGACACUUUACCUGUAUCAGCCCCACAACAGGUAGUCGAUACAUUGCCUGUAUCAGCUUCACAACAGGUAGUCGAUACAUUACCUGUAUCAGCCCCACAACAGGUAGUCGAUACAUUACCUGUAUCAGCCCCACAACAGGUAGUCGAUACAUUACCUGUAUCAGCCCCACAACAGGUAGGCGAUACAUUACCUGUAUCAGCCCCACAACAGGUAGUCGAUACAUUACCUGUAUCAGCCCCACACCAGGUAGCUAAUACUUUGCCUGUAUCAGCCCUACCAGCUGCUACAGGAAUACUUGAUGUUAGCAUGGAAUGUUGUGAAGCCGAGGAUUUAGUUGAUGAUGAACCAAUGGACUGUGAUGAAACUGCAAUAGAAACCACAGUUAUUUGCAAUAAAACCUUGGUUGAGGACAAAGCAUUAGGCCAGGAAAUUGUUGAGGACAACCCUGUGACAUUGGUAAAAUCUCCUCCACUCCCGGCAAGCAAAGGGGCAUACUCUAUUGACUUUGAUAAUCUAGACAGUUUUAAUCCAUUCCAGACAAAGGCUGCUAUGACAAAUUCACCUGUGUUAAAUGUUGAAAAAGACGGCAAAGCAGAAGACGGAGGAAAAGAUGUUGCAGAACAAGCGCCUCUUAAAACAGAUGCAGUCGAAGGUAUACUUGACUCACAAGCACCAGAGGGUAUACUAGACAUAGAGGUUGAGGUUGACACAGACUUGUUGUCUGAGGUCCUUCCUGAUGUUGGUGGGGGGCAGGAACAAGGUAUUUACAGUUUGGACUUUGAUGAGAACACAGACCCAUUUGCAACCAAGUCACAGGUUACAAAUUCUCCUUUCUUAGCUGAUGCUCUUCCAACCAAGUUACCAGCACAUAGUUAUGAUGUAAAUUCCGACAUAAGAACAGUAUGUGACUCCCAAUCAUUUCCUGUGAAUGAAGAUGUUACAACACCCAAGAGACCUUUGAAAGCUGAUGAUAGUGAUCCAUUCUCUACAAAAUCUAAGGUUAUGAAUUCACCUACUGCAGUCUUGAAUAACUCAAAUCCCUUUGCUACUAAGGCAAAUGUAUGUAACUCUCCAAUAUUGCCGCCUGAUGAAAUGAUAUCAAAAAGCUCACAGUUGCAAACCCCGAUUAAAAAUAACAAUGCAGACCAGCUCUCAUUACCAACAGGGCCCGAGUCCUUGGACACUGUCCACCUUUCUAACUAUGUGACCAGUCCAGCUGCAGUUGUAUCUGUAAUCACUUCUGAAAAGACAUUAGGUGUUGAAGUUUCAGACCCCAUGUCAAUGAAGCCAAAUAUGGCCAACUUGUCUUCAUCGUCUCUAGCUGUUAAUGAAUUAAACAGUUGUGAUCCCUUUGCAACAAAAUCCAGUGUAUUAAAUUCUCCUGUGCCUGGAGCACCCAAGGAGGAGAAUCUGUUUGUCUCGAAUGUUAAAACAUCUGAUUCUUUAGAAGUUUCACAGAAUGUCAGUUCUCAAUCAGAUGAAGAAAAAAUAUCGGAUAUCAAAUAUGAUCUUGAUAUUGAACUCUUUGCCAGAGCUCCUGACUCCCAAAUGGUUUCAGGUUCUGAAAAUACAGGUGGAAAUAUUAGUACUGACAAAUCAAACACAGACAAACAAUCAGCACCUGCUACAGAAACAGACCUAGAAGUGGGGACAGUAAAGGUAUUAGAAAAUGACCCAAUCACAACAAUAUCCAAGGUACCUAGCUCUCCUCCAUCUUUAGUAACAGCAAGAAAAGACCCUUUGGCUGAUUUAGAUCCCUUUUCCACCAAAUCCAAUGUGGCCAACUCCCCGACACCUGCGCAGGCAACAGACGAUCCGAUGAUUGAUCCCUUUUCCACCAAAUCCAAGGUGGCCAACUCCCCGACACCUGCGCAGGCAACAGACGAUCCGAUGAUUGAUCCCUUUUCAACAAAAUCUAAGGUGGCCAACUCCCCAGCGUCUUCAGCGAAACCAACAGAAGAUCCGAUGAUUGAUCCCUUUUCCACCAAAUCCAAGGUGGCCAACUCUCCGACACCUGCGCAGGCAACGGACGAUCCGAUGAUUGAUCCCUUUUCAACAAAAUCUAAGGUGGCCAACUCCCCAGCGUCUUCAGCGAAACCAACAGAAGAUCCGAUGAUCGAUCCCUUUUCUACCAAAUCCAAGGUGGCCAACUCCCCGACACCUUCAGCUAAACCAACAGAAGAUCCAAUGAUCGAUCCCUUUUCUACCAAAUCCAAGGUGGCCAACUCCCCGACACCUGCGCAGGCAACAGACGAUCCGAUGAUUGAUCCCUUUUCCACCAAAUCCAAGGUGGCCAACUCCCCGACACCUGCGCAGGCAACAGACGAUCCGAUGAUUGAUUCCUUUUCAACAAAAUCUAAGGUGGCCAACUCCCCAGCGUCUUCAGCGAAACCAACAGAAGAUCCGAUGAUUGAUCCCUUUUCCACCAAAUCCAAGGUGGCCAACUCUCCGACACCUGCGCAGGCAACGGACAAUCCAAUGAUUGAUCCCUUUUCAACAAAAUCUAAGGUGGCCAACUCCCCGACACCUGCGCAGGCAACAGACAAUCCGAUGAUUGAUCCCUUUUCAACAAAAUCUAAGGUGGCCAACUCCCCAGCGUCUUCAGCGAAACCAACAGAAGAUCCGAUGAUUGAUCCCUUUUCAACAAAAUCCAAUGUGGCCAACUCCCCAACACCUGCGAAGGCAACAGACGAUCCGAUGAUCGAUCCCUUUUCAUCCAAAUCCAAGGUGGCCAACUCUCCGAUACCUUCAGCUAAACCAACAGACGAUCCGAUGAUCGAUCCCUUUUCAACAAAAUCUAAGGUGGCCAACUCCCCAGCGUCUUCAGCGAAACCAACAGACGAUCCGAUGAUUGAUCCCUUUUCAUCCAAAUCCAAGGUGGCCAACUCCCCGACACCUGCGAAGGCAACAGACGAUCCGAUGAUUGAUCCCUUUUCCACAAAAUCCAAGGUUCCGAAUUCUCCAUCAUCUCAAGCACCUACAGAAGUAAAAGUCUCCAACUUGCCUGGGAUGAUGUCACAGACUGCACAGCAAGUAAGUGGCCUGUCAAGUUCGGAGAACAAGUUUCCUGAGGGCGAAUUUCCUAACAUUACCAAGGAAAGAACUGUUCAAGAGAGUGCAUCAAGUGUCCCUGAUUUUUCUGAUGAAGAAUUCCGGCCGGCAACAGAAUGCUUGUUCAACGAUGCUUCAUUCCUGGAUGUGCUCGAGAAGUUUGGCAGCAGCAACACUGAGAGCAAAGCAUCUGACCUUGCCCGAAUGUCGCUGUACGUCAAGUUUGAUCCCCUGGUCGACCUGCCAGCCGCUGAUCCUCGCCGUGCAAGUAUGAAUUUACUGAAGCGUGCCAGUAUCAUGAAUAUGCCAAGAAGAAGUCUGUCUGGAAAGAGUCUUUAUGAUGUGUGUAAUGCUGAGGAGAGCAUGUUACUGAUGGGCACGCCACCUAAACAGAUGUCACGUCUCGCUAAUAUCUCCAGCCGCCCCCAGCACACUGGAUUUACACCUGGGAGUAUUCCAACCACCCCGAAAGCCUUCAAACCUCAGCUCGACCUCCUGUGUGCCAAUACACCCCCACGUAGUGUCAAAAAGUCCACUACGCCUGCACCUGUAAAGGUCAAUUCAAACCUGCCCGAGGAACCAGCGGACAACUUAGCUGGUGGUUCUGAUGACAAUAUCAUUGAGGUACUACAGUAUACAGACAAGGACAUGUGUGAGUUGAAGACGUCCCUAUUCCUCGAGUUCCAAGGCCAGAAGCUAUUACUAGAACGAGAAUGGACCAAGGUGGUCGACAAACUCAAGGCAAAGAUAGAGGAACAAAACAAAACACUGGAAAAGAAGCAAGCAGAUAUAGAGCUAAUGGGGAAUAUUUCAAAGGAAUUGGAAAAUAUAGUGGAAGGGCUGAUUCAGGAGAAAGAGAACGGGAAAACAGCCACAACUGAGCUACAGAAGGAAAGAGAUCAGGCUGUACAAGACACACAAUCUUUAGAAAAGGCAUUUUCAGAACUCCAUCGACGAAAUGAGAAACUGAAAGAAGCAUUGAGUGGUUAUGUCAAGAAUCAAGAAACUCUUACUGCACAUGCCAAGGAAUUACAGAAAGCUCUGACAGGAGUUAAAACAGAGAGUAAGGAGAAAAUCACAGAACUUGCACAACAACUAGCAAAAGCAAAGUCUGACCUGAAUCUAAUAACAACAUCCUCUGAGGCCAGGACAAAGCGAGACAAACUGCAAAUAGAGAGUCUGCAGAAAACUGUGGAUCAAAAGAUGUCUGAAAACAAGGAACUUACCCAGAUGUGUGAUGAGUUACUGGCAAAAGUUUCAACAUAGACUGAAUCUGAUUCUCAAAGGUGCUAUGAUCUACGUGAAAGUUGUUACACAAUGCAAACAAGGAAUUUACCCAGGUGUGAGAUGAAUAACUUCAUAAUACACUUGUAAUCUGGUACUCAAAUGUGCUAUUGAUCUGUGUUUGCUAGAUGUUCUGAACGACUGGCAAUUGUUUAACCAAAGCCUCAAGUGUGCUACCAAGUUCAGAGCAAAAGAGCUCGGAUGUUGACAUGGACGGAUACAUAGUCAUUGCUUUUACUCUAAAUAUUACCUUAGUAUCCAGACAGAUUCUGUAACCCGGAUUUACAUAUGUACACAGUAACUGCAUGUUGAAUUUCCGAGUCCUACCAGUAUUGCUGAGGAGACUGAAGUUAGUAAAAGUGUAUCACUUCAAAUGGAGCAUACGUAAUAUACUCGAUUACAAUGGACGAGUGUUGUGUGGGAGUACCUAUAGGAUGAGAGGCUUGCACCAAUACAGCUUAGUAAACAAAUAUUCGGUACAUUUUUGGCGAGUGUCGUGUGUCUUGUGACUAGUUGUAUGCAGAGUUAUGACUCUUUAUUCACAAUUUCACCAUUUUGUGCAUCAUCUGGUUCUUUCACAUACAAUUGCCAAGUUUUGUAUUCGUGUAAUGGUGGAAUGUUAUACACAUCUGUCUCCUUCCCUACUAUACAUGUUAUGGCUGCCGUUUAAUUUUAUCACUUAGUUUAUAAAAAAGAGCAUUUAUAUAUGGACAGGUUGCAAUAAUUUGCCUUCUUAUUUGAUUUGUAUAUCAACAUCUGCUCUAAAUACUGCUUUCUUUCUAUAAAUCUUUCCAUAAAUCUUUCUUCCUUUCUUUAAUAGCCUUUCUCAUGUUAAAUCUUUUUUUUUCUUUCUUGUCCGUCUUGACAUCCAUUCUCUCCUCUUUCUUCCUAUAUAUUUUUCAAAUCAGAUGCCAUAUGUACAUUUCAAAGUUGCAUAUUCUGUGUAAAGAAUUUUGUUACUGAAAUGAAAUUGUUGCUGCAAUUUAAUUUUGUUUUAGAGUGUAUACAGAAGUGUUUAUUUAGAGUGUAUACAGAAGUGUUUAUUGAUUAAGUUGAAGUCUUUGUCUCAAUCAUGAAGACUCCUUCAAAGAUUUUAUUUUAUUUUCGCCCACAUAGUAAGUAUUCAAUGAAUCUUAUACAAUUAGUUACUGAAUGAAGAUUGUUUUGUGGUCUUGAUUAAUCUCUUGGCUUGACAGCAGGACUAAAAAGUCCAGCUGCUAUACAAAUCUGUUUAGGUUUGGUAUACUGUAAUAAAAAAAAGUGGUUUCAAACAGGGAUGGAACAUCAAAGAAAACAAAAAGCAAGCUUCAAGUUAGUAUUUUAAAAAAUACAUAGUACUACUACUACCCAUACUCGGGGACAGAUUAUAUUGUCUACAUUAACACUAAAAAGGGAAACUGUUCUGUAACAUACAGAAGAAGAAACUGUAUGGGAUACAUAAAGUUUCCGUGGAGUUUAAUCAGUUAGUCAUUGAACUGUGCAGUUUUUGUGUUUAUAUAUUAUUGUAUUUAGUGCUUUGUUAUUUUAGUUUCAUUUUCCCUUUUUUUUUUUUUUAGUUUUCUGUGGAUUUGUUCGAUUAAUGAUCAGUACAUGUAUUUAUUGUUACAGGUCAUAGAGCCACUUUCAUUGUUAGUGGCGGUGACUGGAUUGGGAUGGUCGAGUUAGUGUUGUACCGGCCAGCAGUGGUUAUCAUAUAUAAUCAUAAUUCAGGGAUUAGUGUAAAAUCUGAAAUAAUUUUCAUUCAGAAUUGAACCAGUAGUUCGCCUAUUAGUUAUUAGUUUAGCUUGUCAAGCUUGAACAAGCUUAAACAAGUCCAGGUGGAUAGCGCGUCUUGAUUAGUGCUGGCUGGAUUAUAUCUAGUCGAGAGUGUAUUUAUAGUGAGGAGUUCGUGCUGUAAUGUCAUGCUAGGUCAUAUACAUACUAUGUAUUAUACAUUUGUUUAAGGUUUCUGUUGUCUUUAUGUCUGAAUGAUGUCAAUCAUGGAAUAAAAAGGAUUGCAAUUUAUUAUGAAUAUUCUCCAGUACAGAUCUGUAUCUUUACAAGUGUCUCUUUUUUAUGUGAAUAAACACGGAAGAAUAUUAUCAUUUGGGCUUCUGUUUUCAUUAUUAAGCUUUGUCCGAUCUGAGCAUUGAACCCAGACUUGCCGAGGUGAAAUACAAGUGGUACCACCACCAAAGUCAGUCUAUAGCCAAUUUAUUGAACUUGUCAAUUUCUAUUCAUCAUCAUCAUGGUUGUAUUUUUUGGGAGUAAACAAAGAAUCUAAAUUACAACAGGUCUGGCAAAGAAUUAAAAAAAAACUCAGCAGAGCUUGCAUAAUAUAGUAAUAAAUUUACUAGACUUGAAACAGUAUUAUUUGUACAGUAUCAUAGAUAUAUUAUAUAUAUAACUCAACUAAAAACCUGUUUUCAAGUACACAGGAUAUAUCUAGAUAGUAUUGAAUAUUCUAUAAUGUCAGAAAAGAAAAACUAUAUACAUUUUUUUCUGCCAUUAUAGUAAGUCCUAAUUUCAGCAUCGUCUACAGACUGGAAAAUUAAU